UUCAAGCCCAAUAACAAGUGAACACCGCGCGACGCCACACGUUUUGAACGUUCGCUGAAGAAGACACCACGCGUUAAACGACGUUAAGCAGAAGUUUUUAAUUACUACACCGCACUUAAAAAAUAACCAAACACAUCAACAAGUUUUUUCUGUGACCCGAUAAAAUGGAAGCAGUGGCUGAAUCAAGAGUAUCCCCUGAAAUGUCGACUAUAACGACAACAAACGGUCAUAGAAAUCAAGAAAAUUUCGCUAAAACUGUUUUUGGGGCCGAACAAGUAGUAGAAGAAGCAAAAACAUGCGGAAGAAUUCUAGUAGUUUUGUCUUGGAUUGUCGUGGUUCUGACGAUGCCGUUCUCCCUCUUUGUCUGUUUCAAGGUAGUUCAAGAAUAUGAAAGAGCGGUCAUUUUUAGGCUUGGUCGUCUUUUAUCUGGCGGGGCAAAAGGACCUGGUAAGAAAUUUAUUUCAAAAUUAAUAAUCUUCGUGAUAAAUCUCAAAUGAAUAAUUUCAAUUGAG